AUGGACAUGCGCCGUCCCCGGGACACGCGCGGUGGCGGCGGGCUGUGGCUGCUGCUGGCGCUGCUGGCGGCGCUCGGGGCCGUGCCGGGCCGCGCCGGGCGCUGCCGGGGCGGGGAGCUGAGGGAGGUGUGGGGAGGGGACACCAAGUGCUGCCCCCGGUGCAGCUGGAACGGAGAAGACCCCAGGCCCUGCGCGGAGGCGCAGGAACUCGACUGCAAAUGUCCCCAAGGGCGGAGCUGCUCCGAGAAAUCCUGCCUGUCCUGCUCCCAGCUGCCGCGGUGCCAGCCGGGCUGGGAACCCGCCAGGAUCGGAGUUGAGUAUUUCCGGUUCGAGUGCAAGCCCUGCGAGAACGGGACCUACUCCAGCGGGAACAGCUGGUGCCGCAACUGGACCGACUGUGAGGGCAGCGGGUUCGUCACGCUCCGGGCCGGGAACCGAACGCACAACUCCGUGUGCAUCUUAUCCGGCGCAGCCCUGGAGCCAGCUCGGAUUCCCCUGGAAUUCCGCUCCAGCACCAUCCUGGCCGUCCUGACGGCCGUGGCCGUGUUCGUGCUCAUCCUGCUCACGUUCCUGCUGCACUUCUGCAUCUGGAGCCUCCACAGGGAGAAAAAAUUCCCAGCUGGAGAUCUGGGACACAACUUCCCGCGGCCGCCGCUCCACGGGGAGGAAUCCCACAGCAUCCAAUUCCCGGAGGAGGAGCACGGGGACAAAACGGCCGAGGAAAAACUUUCCAUCCUCUCCCUCAAAAUCUACAGCGAGCUCAGAUAACGGGAUCCUCCUCUGGGAUCACCGGGAAUGCCGGCCCCGAGCUGGGCUUCCCAAAAAACCCCAAAAAUCGGGAAUGGGAGCGGGUGGGAAGCAUCCUUUUUGCAUAGGAAAAGGAGUGGAUUCAGGCCGGGUUCGGUUUUGGUUUCCCCCCCUCCAAAAAUCGGGAAUUUAGGGAUAAAAUCCUGCUGGUUCCGGCCGGGGUUGAUUCAGGAGGAGACCAGCAGGGAUUUCCCGGGAUAUCCGGAUUUCCAGGAUCGGGAAUAGCGGCCACAUCUCCUGGUUUUCCCUCGGUUUUCCUUCAGUUUUCCCUCGGUUUUCCAGCGCUGCCGAACUGGAAUUGCGCCAUUCCCAACCCCGUUCCAGCCUCUCCCGAUCCCAUUCCUGCUCCCAGCCAAAGAUUCCCUUUGGAAGCUCCUCCAGUGCCACCAGGGAUUUUCCUGUGCAGGUUUUUCCAAGGAAAAUCUGGGAAAAAACAGGAGUGAGGCUCAUCCAGGGAAUGCUCAGAGCUCCAGAGAA